AUGGGGUCACACUCGCUUCCGUAUAUGGAGACCAAGCCUAAGCUCAUCUUCUUCACCGACUUUGAUGGCACAAUUACCGUCGACGACAGCAAUGACUUCAUGAUCGACAACCUUGGCUUCGGCAAGGCAAACCGCCUUGUUCUGAACGACCAGGUCCUGGACGAGACCCUGAGCUUCCGUGAUGCUUUCCGCGAAAUGCUUGGAUCUAUCAAGACCCCCUACAACCAAUGUAUCGAGAUCUUGCUCAAGAACAUGAAGCUGGACCCGGGCUUCGAGGCGUUCUACUACUGGGCUCGUGAUAACAACGUCCCUAUUGUCAUCUUGUCUUCUGGCAUGCGCCCUAUCAUCAGCGCCCUGCUGGAGAAGUUCCUCGGCCACAAGCCCGCCGAGCACCUGACCAUCAUCUCGAACGAGCCCGUGGGCCGCGACGGCAAGGAUAUCAACGAGGAGGGUGGCUGGGGUAUUGAAUACCAUGACGACAGCCACUUUGGUCAUGACAAGUCUUUGGAGAUCAAGCCUUACGCCGCAUUGCCUGAAGGCGAGCGACCAAUUCUUCUCUAUGCCGGAGACGGUGUUUCAGACUUGUCUGCGGCGGCGGAAACUGAUCUCCUCUUUGCUAAGGAGGGCAAAGAUUUGGUUACCUACUGCCAGCGCAGACAGAUGCCUUACACAACCUUCAAGGACUGGCGUAGCAUUCUCGAGACUUCUCAAGCCAUUUUGAGUGGCAAGGCAACUACCAAGGAUGUCUACGAGGGACGUUAUAAGCCUACCAACUCCGAAUAG